AUGUCUGAGAUAAUAAAUCUUAUUCAUAAAGGUGAUAAUGAAGAAAUACAAAAGUUUCUGAAAGUUUUUGACAAAGAUCCAAGUGGUUAUCUUCAAUCCAUGAAUGAACAUGAUAAAAUGCAAAAGUCUGCAAUUGAAUUAUUUACAAUAUUAGACUGUCGAAAUAUUAUUGAAAAGGCUAUCAGUAAUGGUUAUAACGAAUUACAUAUAAAUGGGAUAGAUGGAUGCAAUCUAGCACAUUAUGCAGCUAUGUGGAAUCGAGCAGAUUUAUUAAAAUAUUUAUACUUUGCUGGUGUAGAUAUGUAUAGUAAAAAUGUUUACGGUGAAACAGCGCAUAAAUUAGCCGUUAAAUAUGAACAAAAAGAAGCAAUGCAUAUGUUAGAGUGGAUAGAAUGCCGUGAUCAGUUUCUUACACUUAUUCGAAUGGUUAGAGAAAUUUUAGCUACUGCUGAUAAGAAUGACUAUACAAGAGAAGAAAGAAAAAUUGCAGAUGCUGCUUGUCUUGAUGGCGAAUCAUGGAUAAAUAAAAACAAAGAAGCUACUCUUAGCAUGUUAAAAACGAAAAAAGAACAAAUUGAAUUAAUUGUAGAACCAUUUUUUAGAAGAAGAACACCAGUGUAUUAA